AUGAUGAUGACGUGCCGUCUGCUGUGCGCCCUGUUGGUGCUUGCCCUGUGCUGCUGCUGCCCGUCGGUGUGCGGGGCAGAGCCUGAGCCUGAAGCUGAUUUAGGCGUCCUUGAUCCAUCGCCUCCUCCACCACAGCCAACACCCCCGAAGACCGGUCAGUCAGGGUCGUCAAGUGUGGGGUCCGUUGUAAAUCCGGGAAAUGGUGGCGGAGAGGGACAAAGUUCGACUAAUCCAGAUCCGAAAUCAGAAGAAGUUUCGAGUACGGCAGAGAAAGAGGUUACUGAAAGCAGGACAGUUUCCGAAAGCCGAGCGAGUUCGUCCGAGGAACAACCACAUAAGAACACGGAAGAUGCCAAGGCGACCACAACGGCCACUAAAACAAAGUCACCGGAGGAUGACAAGAAGUCUAAGCCUGAAACCAAUACAAAUGCCACCAGUCCAAUUCCCUCUGCACCAGUGAUUAAGCCUUCUGACGCUUCUGCCGAGACGACCACGACCACCACAACACAGGCACCAACCACGACGACCACUACCACAACACAGGCACCAAGUACUACGACUACUGAGGCGCCAGCUGUGUCGACCACCCGCGCACCGUCACGUCUGCGCGAAAUCGACGGCAGCCUCAGCAGCUCUGCGUGGGUGUGUGCCCCGCUGGUGCUCGCCGCCUCCGCGCUGGCGUACACCGCUGUGGGCUGA